AUGCAUCUACAAGAUCUACCCUUUCCUGCUCUGACUGUCUGUAAUGUAAACCAAGCGAAGAAAUCAGUAGCAGAACGAUAUAUUAACUCUGGAAUUUCCUUGGACAAAAAGUUAUUAGACAGUUUAUGUUCAACCGAAGCCGACGUAGACCUUUUUGAAGACGAAAUUGCAGAGAGUGCUGAUUGGGACUACACUCGCUCCUUUCUCAUCAAUGUAACACAACCCUGUAACGAAAUGCUAGCAACGUGCAUAUGGGACUCGAAAAACAUGAACUGCCAAGACUUGUUCAAUGCACAGCUUACUGACGAAGGACUCUGUUGUACCUUCAACGUGGUGCACCGUGAAAAUAUGUUUAGAAAUCCAAGAGACUUGAACGAUUUGAAUUUAACUUUCCCAUUACCAUCCGUAGACUGGACUCCUGAAGGAGGAUACCCUUCAGAUGCACCACCUAACGGAUUUCCAUGGAAACCUAAAGGCGUCGGUACUAAUCACGGCUUGACGCUGAUCUUGGAUGCCAACGUAGCUGAAUAUUAUUGUGCUUCGACAAAAAGCGUCGGUUUCAAGAUACUUCUCCACAAUCCGACGGAGACGCCGAACAUAGCAAAGAUAGGCGAGAUUUAUGGGCCCGGAGUAGAAGCGAGGGCAGUGAUACAGCCGAGAAUUUUAGACGCAAGGCCCGCUCUUAAAUACAUCGACGUUAAUAAAAGGCUUUGCCUAUUUUCCAGUGAAAAAGAAUUAGUAUUCUAUAGGACUUACACUUUACGAAAUUGUGAAAUGGAAUGUAAAGCCAAAUCGAUGUUAGAUAGAUGUAAAUGUGUCCAUUACUACAUGCCUAAAAACAGAACGACACGUGUUUGCGGCAAAGCUGACGCUAAAUGUUACUCCAAAAUUAAGCCUAACACAGAAACAGAUACGCCGAUCUGCGAUGAGUGCCUGCCGGCCUGCAACGAGAUAUCCUACUUUGGGCGACUCAGUACGGCGCCGCUGAAUAAGGCGCUCAUCGGCCAAUACCCCGAAAUACUACGCAAUAGGACUCCUGAAUAUUUCAUCGAAAAUAUGUUAAUAGUCCACUUCUAUUUCGAGGAUAACACAUUUUUAAGAUUUACAAAAGAAGAAAUAUUUGGCCUCACGGAAUUCCUGUGUAAGUGA